GAAACGUGAUGCUGAAGUUCUUGCCGGGAAACGGGAGACAUGUACAAGCUGGAGGUGCCCGUGGAUCUGAAGGAGGCCGCCGUGCUGCAGAGAAGGAGGGAUGGCGAGGUGCAGAGGCAGAGCCGGGUCUUUAAUGCCAGAGACAGGACUAUUGGGGUUGAUAAAGAUGCGUUGGAGACUCAAGUUCGUGAUAAGAAAACCCAAGAAGAGACAGAAAAGAAGAGACAAGAGGCAUUUGAUGCACAGAUGGUGCAGAAUGACAAGAUCACCUGCUUAUUAGAUGAGCGACAAAAGAAGGACAUCCGAAACCUGAACAAAGCCAUCAAUGAGUUCAGGCUCUGCUUCCAGAAGAAAGAGGACCGCAGAGAGUUUGAUCUAUACGACCCACAGGCCUUUAAGAACGAUCUGCCAGCACGGGUGUCAGAUAAUGAUACCCGUUGCAGUGUUUCUGGGGUGCAGAGGCUUAUGGGAGAGGAUUUAACAGAAAGGAACAGGAGAAAAGCGCAGCAAGAACAGCUGAGAGAAUGGUCCCUCCAGCAACAAAGGGAGCUACAGAAAGCAGUAGAAGACAAAAAGCUUGCUGAUAGUCUCUAUGACAAACACAGGAUUGAACUUGACAAGAAGGCAAUGGAAUUACAAAAAAUGGAAGAAAAGGCCAGACGAGAUAUCAAUACUUUCACAAAGGACUUCAACAAAGCCCAGGCGGAGGAAUCAUUAGAAAGAAGACAGUUAGAGAAGCAACAGGAAGAAGAUGAUAAUUCUGUAGAAAUCUCCAACCUCACUGAAGGAGACCUCCUUUCUGAAAACCCUGCCCAGGCAAUAAGUGCAUUUGGCCCACAUCGCAUAGUCCCUGAUCGCUGGAAAGGAAUGAGGCCAGAACAGCUGGAGGAAAUAUAUAAUGUCCAGCAGCAACAAAAACAGGAAAAAAUGAGACUGAAGGAAGAAGAGAGACAAAGGCAGGCAGAGUGGGACCGCAGAAGAGUACAGGAAGCUCGGGCCAUGAUUCUCCUUGAAAGGCAGCAAAAACGUCAGGAGAAAGAACUGCGCAAAGGACAGGAUCACCUCAACCUGCAACUGGCACAGGCCCACAAAGCCCAGAAAAAUUACUUUGACAAAGAUGUCUUCACUAACACUCCAGCAGAUGCCUUCUUUGGCCAGUUCAACACAAUUAGCCGAUGAGGAUGGAAAAAGACAUGAGGAGUCUUCAAUGAAUACUGUGAUAGUCACUGUUAUGGAAUGGUAGAAUUGCUGCUGUGAUAUCUGUCUUGUAACUUUAACAUGAGCAACUGCAGAAUCCCAAAAAUGUGUGUUUGGUGUGGGUCCUUCUAUACAUACAGUAUUUGUCUUAAGCAUCUGUUUUUCUCAUCUUUCUCUUACAUAUGUAAAACUGCUGC